AUGGCUGCUCCCGCGACUUAUACAACACGACAAGCCGCUUCAAUCGGUCUUCAACCAGGUAAUUUAAUUGGUGAAACUCAUUAUGUCACUGAAACUCAAAUCACACCACCGAUAAAACAACGUGUUCGAAAUACAAAACUUCUCAGUACGAAUAUAAGUCGAUGUCAAUGCUGUUGUCCACCAUGCGCAUCAUCAUUAUGUCGUUCAUGUUUAUGUCCUUGUUGGGCUUAUUUACUCAUAGGACUUCUUCUUACGUUGCUUCUUGCAGCGCUAGCGGUCGAACUUGGUUUUCUUGCUCGAGAAAGAACCGUUUAUCAAACAGUUCCUUGCACAGAAUAUGUGAAUAUAACUAGUAUUCUCGAUGCGAAUGGCACUGUAGCGAAUACGUCCACAGCAACAGGUCCACCAUGCCCAACCGUUAGCACUAUUAGUGGAACUGAAAGAUUGGUUUGGUCAUAUGUUCCAUAUGCAUUUUUCAUGAUCAAUAUCUUCGUUUAUCUGAAGAAAUUUUAA